AAAGGGAGCUCGGACAGCGUUCAAGCAGCAGUCGGCCCGACGGGUGUUCAACUCACAAUGAGGGUGUUGCUAGCCCUCACGUUCUGCGCUCUCGCAGCCGCUCUCGAUGUGCCCCAAGUCCUACCGGAAUGGCUGCUCCAGGGGCGCACAGUCUACCUUUACAACUACCGCGCCGUAACUGCAACUGACAUUCCUCAAAAGUCCCACCAGGCAUCUGGUGUCGAAACCAAGGCAGUCCUCCAGGUCGUUGUCAAGGAAUUAGACAAGUCCUCCAAUGUCGCCACUGUCCAGCUCAGGUUUCUCAACGUGACGACCGCCUGGUUCGACAAGGAAGUAAUGGACCUCACCGGUCCUUUGCCCAAUGUCUACCACGCGCCGCACCCCGAAUUUGAGGCGUAUCUUCAGAAGUGGGUGUACCUCAAGUUCGCCGGCACUAAGGUGGUUGGCUUCUAUGGCACCGAAGGUGUUCCAGAGGCCGUGUUGAACGUGUACAGGGGUGUCGCUACCGUUCUGACCCUCAAUAACCCACCCAAGCCCGUACCCUUCAGCCCUGAGGCCACCAUCUCCCCGCUCGACCAAGUCGUUGUGUACAAGGUUAACGAGGAAUCCCUGGUUGGAGUCUGCGAGACAGUGUAUCACGUGCACUCUGUGCCCCAGCCCAGUACCAUGCUCAACUUCACCAAGGUCGUUAACCCCAAGAAGUGCAUUGGCAAAGUUCCAACCUUCAAGUACGCUGCCUACGACUCGCACGGUUGCCCACAAGCCUGCUUGGCCCACAAGCCACUUAACGUGACCAAGCACUACUUGCCGUCCUACUCCGAGUACUACGACACGUACGACACUGGAUGCCCGGAAUCUUUCCACCCAGAGAGCGACGUUGCUGAGAGCUUCCUUUCUGUGUCCUACAACGUCUCCACUGAGUCCCCCAAGCUCGGUACCGUCGAAGGCGUUAAGGCCGUCGACAAGAAGGUAUUUGUCCUCGGCAGGCAGCAUCUGGUCACCACCUCCGUGCUCGACUUGAACCUGAAGAGCAAGCGCCCCCUAAUCGGCGACGUUCCUCUCGAGUCGUCCUUCAGGGAACCGAACAUUCUGCGCUACUACAACUUGACCUACGUUUACCCAACCGAGCACUACGUGAACAGCCCCGCGAAGCUGGACCUCGAGUACCUGAGCCUCUUCGGUCCCUUCAACCCCGCGGAAGUCAAGAAGACCGUCCGCGAGCUUGUCACUCGUCUGGCUGACCUCGUGGUUGCCGACGACCUGAGCGUCAAGGGCGAGACCGGAGAACUUGUUGUGCAGCUUGUCGAUGCCGUUAGCACCCUGAAGGAGGAACAUCUAGAUGUCCUGUACAGGACUGUGGUCAACAAAGAGAGGAUCCCUGAAGUGAGCGACAAACACUACGUUGAGAGGAAAGUACUUCUGGAUGUAGUCAGCCUUGCUGGUACCGACAGUGCCGCUAAAUUCCUUCUGAAACUCGUCGCACAAAACAAGCUGACCCUUCUCGAAGCUCUUCAUGUUCUCGGUGCCCUCCAGGGCUCUUUGGUUGACCCAAGCCCUGAGGUUCUGGACAAGCUUCAGGCCCUCCUGUCCGUGCCCGCUGUGAAGAAGAGCCGUGUGUUGUACUCCACAGUCGCCGUAACUUUUGCUGAAGUCGUCAAGAAGCACUGCGUUGAGCACCCAGUUAUCGUCCCACUCCAUGCCACUGAGGAAACUCUGCCCGAACUUGGCGUUGGUCCCAGCAAGGUCCCCAAGUGUAGCAAGGUUCUUUACGAGAAGUACGUCAAGUACGUGAAGAGCGAGCUCGCCCAGGCCCAGGACUACGCUACAAAGGUCAUCCUUAUCCAGACUCUUGCCCGUCUGAACCACCCCUUGGCUCUCGAAGCACUGGUGCCCUACGUCACUGGACUUGAGCCUUCUUGCGGUCUCACCAUCGGCAAAGAGACCCCGACAGAAGCUUGUCAGUACCUGCGCCAGGUCGCCGUCUACGCCCUCCACCACAGCCUCAAGGGACACGCUCUUUCUGUCCAGCCCAUCGUUCAGGACUUGUACUUCAAUCUCACCGAAGACUACGAGCUCAGGCUUGCUGCCUUUAACGUAUUCUUGGCUACCGAGCCAACGGAAGGCCAGUUGACGCGUGUCCUCCUCACUCUGCCUCACGAAGAGAAUAACCAGGUCGCUUCCUACGUCUACUCUGCAUUGUUGACCAUCGCCAACUCUACCCUUCCAUGCCAGCAGAAGACUGCUGUGCGCGUUCAGCAACUGUUGUCCGCCCUGACUGAGCCCCUUGUCUACGGUAUCCAGUAUUCCAAGUACAAGAUCUACACGCAAUACACUCUUCCCGACAACUUCGGCGUGAAGCUGCAGCAUGAGUACGUCCUCAGCAAUGUCUCGCUUGUGCCUCGCGCUCUUUACGCUGGGGCAACCUUCAGCAAGGGACCAUACGUCUCUUCUCUCUACGACGUAGCUGUCGUCAGCAAGGGUCUCCAGAAACUGAAUGACCUUGUAAAGGUUCAUGGUGGACCCUCUACCAUCCUGAGCGAAACCAUUUCCCGUAUCCGUCGUGCUCUCUCCAUGAAGAGCGGAAGCCCAGUUGCCGAUCUCGACGAACUCCUGAAGGCCCUUGAAACAUCGUUCACCUUUAACUACGAAUCAGUCCUGGAGGAACCUAAGGUCACGCUGGCAACCAGCUUCCUGGGUGCUGACUACCUCCUGCCUCUCGACAAGUACUACGUGCAAGAAGUCGCCAAGAAGGUUGCCACCUACGUCAAGUCCGUCUGGCACCAGCCACUGAACAAGCGCUACACUCAGGUCCUCCUUCCGUACACCUACAUGAAGGUUACCCCAGCUGUGAGCGGUCUUCCAGUCGUGCAUGUCGCCCGCUACCCUGUCAUCCUUUCCGUGUCUGUUAAGGACCUCAAGCUCCGCCUCCCCAAGUUGGGACAGAGACCCGAUGUUCUUGCUCUGGCUGCCCUUGUCAAGCCUACCGUAUUCUUCACUGCCAUCACCUCUUCCUACACCGUCACCCCUCUGUCCAAGAAGGUUACCGGUCUCAAGGUCCAGGAAAGGACUAAGGUUACCUACCCACUUGACUUGGCCAUCCAGUACAGUCCUCUGAACAGGACCGUCGCCGUGACUGUGCGUCCUCGCUUCACCAAGCUCUUCGAGCACACCACCAACACCUUCACCUUCACCGCACCCGCCGUCCUCGUUGGAUCCCGGGAACGCCCCGUCGUCCACCAGUUGACCGUCAUCCGUCCUCAGCUUCUUCCAUUCGAACACACUCUGUACUUUGUCCCUAAGUCUUUGGGUCUCGGUGUACACGUCCAAGGCUACUCUAGCAACCCCAAACUACACGUUCCUGUGUACCUCUACCCCGAGAACGCCAAGAAGGGACGUCUGGCCGGACUUCUGGAAGUUCUGCACAACCCCGACGUCCUGACCCGCUCGUGGUACGUGAAGAGUGAACGUCAUCCCGAGUUCCCCGUCGACGAGUACAAACUAGCUCUCCGUUGGAACAGCACCGUGAGACCACUGGAACCCACGAAGCACCUUGUACCAGCUGCCGAGGUGUACAACCACCACUACCCCCACGACCUGCAAGUUCCAUUCUACGACGCCUUGUACGAAGAGUACACCGGACGUCUCCCGCCCAAAUACAACCUUCCAGCCCUAUUCAAGAAGGUCGCAGCAGCUCUGGAACCUCACUGGCAGUCAGUGAACCCCCACCUACCUCACCUUGUCAAGAAGGCCGAGAAUACCACUCGCUCCUACCUCUUGGAGUUUGUGGUCGCUGCUUUGGGACCACGUGAAGUGAAGGCCACUGUUGGCCAUCUAUACCACGGCAUGGUCUUCGACAAGACCUUGAAGCUGUCCCAGCUAUACCUGGACACCCUUGACCAGCCCCUCUACGUCUUGCUGAACACCUCAGUCGCCAGGUCCCCGCUUCCCAACCCCUUCGACAGUGACGUGCCGGAGCUUGCCAAGCACAAGCUGGCCGCCACUCUCGUCGGCGAAUUCGAGGCUGAGCAUCUCCCCCCCAAGCAAAAGUUCACGCUCAAGGCCGUUGCUGAGCCAUCCGAUGAGCAGCUGCACGGUCUGGUGAAACCUGACGGAACUCCAUACAAGCCCUGGUUUGUCGCUAAGUGCGAAGAGGACAAGAAGAAGGGUCUCGAGGUUGUCAGCUUCGCAUGCAAGAAGGUCUUUGAGUACUACACCAACCUCAACAAGGUUGACGUCACUCUUCUCCUCCCACAAGUUGUGCCAGCACCAUGGUGUAACGCCACCCACUACUUGGUCCAGUUCGCUAAGGUGAAGUUGUACAACAACCUGCACGCCGAUUACGUCAACAAGACCGCCCCGAACAAGUUUGAUGUCAAGUUGGUUCUCAGCGAGAAGGUGCCCGAGUACCUGCUCGCCAACCUGACCGUGGUGACCCCCCACGAUGAAACUCUGUACUUCCGCUACCUUGCUGUCCCUCGCGGUCUUCAGCCGUCUCUGCCUUACGUGUACCCUGAAGUCCUCGCUGCCUUCUUGAGGAAAAACUACAGUGCUCCACUUUGCCUGGUCGGAGCCAAGAACUUGACCACCUUCGACAACCUGACCAUCCCUCUGGAACUGAAGUCCUCCAGCAAGUACCUCCUCGUCCGCGAGAACAGUGAUGAACCCGACUUCACCGUCGUCGUUGAGAAGGCCACCCCCACUUCCAAGGUCCUGAAGGUAGUCCUCAAGAACGAGACCCUAUUGGUCCUCAAGCCUUCUCCGGACAAGAAGAGCUACACUGUCCUUGUGAACGGCUCUGCUGUCUCCGUCUCCGCUCAUGAACCACAUCUUCUCCAGUACAGGCCCGCCUACUUCUCCCAGGUCUACCUGUAUGUCACUGAGCACGUACCCGUCGCUCCCGUUCUCUGGCUGUACGUUAGGGACCUCGGUCUCCUGGUCACUUACGACGGUGUUAACGUCUACGUUAAGACUAAGCUGCCCUUGUACCGUGGUCGCCUCACUGGCUUGUGCGGAAACUCCAACGGAGAGUACAGCAAAGAGCUUUAUGGCCCUGAAGGCUGUCUCUACGAGGAGCCCCUAGACUUUGUUAACAGCUAUGGCUUCGGUGUCAGCUUCCCAUCUCCCAAGGGCCCUUACGUCUGCCCCCCAGGAGUCUCACCACGCAACGGCAAUGUCCGUAUGAUGAUUGGCCGUGCCGUCUUGGACGAGGACUUUCUCCCCGAAGAUGAGCUGCCCGAAGAAGAUGAAGUCCUCGAGGGACGGGCAUCUGAGCUGGACGAAGAAGAGGACCUCCUACUCAAACACGUCACUGUGGAACGCGCCAACAGGAUAUGCAUCAGUACCGAGAAAGUUCCCGCCUGCAAGCCGGGCCUGGAACCUACCAGGACUGAAAAGAUCAUGACGGGUUUCAUCUGUAUCCGCAAGAAGUCUCCCCAGGCCAAGGCGAUCAUCAAGCAGAUCCAAAUGAGCGCGGUUCCAUCCGUCUUUACCGAGGGCACACCUGAACCAAACUACCAGCAAGAGGUCGAAGUUGCCAAGGCUUGCAUGUAGAAGAAAUCGAGAUCCUGCUAUACUGUACAUGAGGCACCUGUUGUGUUAAUAAUUAUGAAUAAAUGACGCGGGAAAACGCA